AUGAGGCGCACGGCUCUUAUCACUGGUAUCACUGGGCAAGAUGGCUCCUAUCUGGCCGAAUUCCUCCUCGAGAAGGGAUACAAAGUUCACGGUAAGAACACAUGCAACAUUUUGACUGUUGUAGUUCACAAGUAGGUGCCUAGUCGUGAUUGCAGUACCGUAAUUAAGAGAAGUGAAAAACAUGCUAAAGCAAACUGUAACUGAAUCAUUUUCAACACCACUAACCUGCUGAAAAAAAAUCAUGUUCUUCUUGUUAAGUACCUCUUGCUCUUUCGUUGCAGCCUUUCAUAUCCGGCGUGAGGCAGCAAUCUCCUGGCGUUAGACCGUCCACCACUUCGAGUUCCUCACCUACCAGGUAUCAUCCGUCGAUCUUCAAGCUUCAAUACUGGCCGCAUCGAGCACAUUUUCGACAAAGUGUGCCUGCACUACGGUGACUUAGUCGAUACGGGCAACUUGUGUUCGAUAUUGGAGAAGGUCCGACCCGAUGAGGUCUACAACCUUGGUUAAGGCUCACUCACAGUCAAAAUCGAAUUGAUAUUCUUGAAGAUCCUUCUUGGCUAGUAUGGGUCACAGGCUAAAUCUAACUGAAAAUAUUUCGAGCUCUAACUUCGAGCCCAGUCGCAUGUCAAAGUCUCCUUUGAGGAACCAGAAUAUACGGCUCAAUGCGAUGCGGUCGGAACCAUGCGUAUGCUAGAGGCUUUACGCACAUGCCGCUUAGAGAAAACAACGCGCUUCUACCAAGCAUCGACAAGCGAACUCUAUGGUCCGCUUCUUACUUAUUUUGAAUCAAAAGUAGUUGUAGCUUAUAGAGGCUCCUCUUCUUGUACUUGUUGAUAUCUGGACCCACUGAAUAUACGAACUAGUGGUAGCUACUAGAAGUUCUAGAUGUAGUAGUUUCUUCUCAAGAACUUAUAAUUAGAGCAGUUUAUAGGGGUGCCAGAUCCGGGAUGGGAUAGAACGGAUGGACUUUCCACCAUUUCCAGUAGGAUCGGAAGAAUCAGGGGGGUCCAUCCGAUCCAUCCAAGUCCAUCCUACCUCCGUUCUAUAAACUACUCUAUUGGCGCUAAGUCAACUAAGAACUGCACAAAAACGGUCACUAUUGUCGCCUCCUCGUCCUGGAAGUGCUCCGCUUAGCGGCUUUUGCAACUUGCUUCCUCUUGGUUUUUCUGUCUUUUGGUUUCGUUUCAUGUGAUUCCCCGCGCCCCUCCAGAGUCCACCGCACCAGCCUGCAAAUGUAUGCUGGGGGAUUCUGGAGGGGCGCGGGGAUUUGGAGGGCGCCCGAGGUUCUUGGCUCGCAAUUGGGUGAGGGUUUUCCAGAAGGGAGCGCAGUAGGCGGCGAGUGUUCUGCGGAUUCGUAUCAUGCCCGAGAAGAUUGAAUUUUGUCCGGAUUUUUGCAGUCCUUAGUUGAAUUUUCUCCAUUCUAACUCCACUUGUCUGUGGUCGAAUUUUUCGCCAUAAUCGGAAAGGUUUGAGACACUCCGCCCGAGGUUCUUCGUUCUUGGGUCUUUUCAUGUUGUUAAGUGUUGGACUUUUGACCACCCGGCGCCCCGAAGCUCUCGCGCCGGGUGGGAUUAGUUACAAAGAGAAGCGACGCGCUGCCGCCUUCAAAUGGUCAGACCACUCACGCGCGCCGCCGUUUGUGCGCAGAUUGUCGGGGGGGUUUGCUGGCGUUGUUCGCACUCUUUUGAAGUAUUUCAGCGGGGAAGUUUGCGGGGGUUUCGCCAGAAUUGAAUAAACCUCUCUAUUGUUUGCCGCUUUCCUGCUCGCUAGGCCAUUUUUGAUGAAAAAAGUGAAAAGAUGUCUUCAGAUUUUUUUCCAAAAAUGGCCUUGCGAGCAGGAAAGCGGCAAACAAUAGAGAGGUUUAUUCAAUUUCGUGGCAUUUCUCAAGAAGGGCUGGACCGGUUGCCGCUUGAGUUCCAAAGGGCUCGCGCCUCCUCUUUUUGUUAAGUUUCGAUGGUGUGGCGUGCUCGCUGUGCCUCUGGUGCUUCCGCAGAUGGCUGAUUAGAAUGGCGCUAAGUCAACUAAGAACUGCACAAAAACGGUCACUAUUGUCGCCUCCUCGUCCUGGAAGUGCUCCGCUUAGCGGCUUUUGCAACUUGCUUCCUCUUGGUUUUUCUGUCUUUUGGUUUCGUUUCAUGUGAUUCCCCGCGCCCCUCCAGAGUCCACCGCACCAGCCUGCAAAUGUAUGCUGGGGGAUUCUGGAGGGGCGCGGGGAUUUGGAGGGCGCCCGAGGUUCUUGGCUCGCAAUUGGGUGAGGGUUUUCCAGAAGGGAGCGCAGUAGGCGGCGAGUGUUCUGCGGAUUCGUAUCAUGCCCGAGAAGAUUGAAUUUUGUCCGGAUUUUUGCAGUCCUUAGUUGAAUUUUCUCCAUUAUAUAAAUAUGCUGAAGCAACGCGGACGCCUGACAACAGCAACUCAACUCAACUUGAACCGGUCAGGUUCGCUCCUCUUACAACUUUCUUUAACUACCAAUAAAUAUAUCUAGGUAAAGUCCAGGAAAUUCCGCAGAAGGAGACGACCCCUUUCUAUCCGCGUUCACCGUAUGCGGUGGCAAAAAUCUACGGAUUUUGGGCAGUCGUGAAUUACCGAGAAGCUUACGACAUGUACUGCGUGAACGGAAUCCUCUUCAAUUAAGGCCUGAAACACUUAAUUUUUGAACGCUUUCGUUGGAGCACUGAGUACUCUGCUGCAAAGCUCAUUUUUGAACGCGUUACUUGACACAUUUAUAGAAGAAAUGUGACAAAUAUGUCAGGGGACUAGGAAUCGUUUCAACCUUCAUUUCAACCACGAGUCACCACGUCGUGGAGGUACUUUCGUAACGAAAAAGGUGACGACCGGUGUCGCCCAAAUCUGUGCUGGAGUCCGAGAACGAAUCACCCUCGGUAACCUGGACGCUAAGCGUGAUUGGGGUCACGCAUACGACUACGUGCGAGGAAUGUGGCUCAUGCUCCAACAAGAGACCCCGGAGGACUACGUUCUUGCGAGUACCUAAUUUCGUUACUUUUUUUCUGAUUUUAGCUCUUCUACUUGUUGAUGGACCGGCAGAAGUUGUAUUUAUUUCUAUUACAAGUACAGUUAAUGUCAAAGUACUACAGGUACAACUUUCUGCAGCAACUCGAAACUCUUCUUGCAAAAACUGUUCAGCCGGCGUUCAAUAUUCGGUUCGUGAGCUGUGCGAAUUGUCGUUCAAGAUGGCGGGGCAUCCCAUCCGUUGGCAGGGAUCCGGUAUCUACGAAGAAGGAAUUGACACCAUAACCGGAAAAGUAGUCGUAAACAUCUCUGAAAAGUAUUACCGACCUACGGAAGUCGAAACGCUACUCGGUGACCCGACGAAGGCGAAAAAUAAGAUGGGCUGGAAAACAGAUAUCUGGUACUACUCGUCAAAUGUUUGUAGAGGCUUUACUUCUAUACAGUGUAUAAAUUGCUAAAAUAAACAUCACGAAUACGACUAAUCUAAAUUUUGUUGAGGAUGGAUAAGCUGACAAUCACUUCAUUUUUAUAUAAAAGUAACUAAGAGGUAGAGGUUGCUGGUAGAAUUAGACCUUGAUGCUUAUCUUCAUCUUUAAGUGCAUCUCUGACGCAUUUCCCUCUUAGAAGAAGAGUCAAAGAUGCUCCUAAAGAUGAACUAUUGCAAGCCUUAAUAGAAGGAAGAAUGAUUCUAAGUAAAUGAAAAAUAAUAGGGACAAUCCCAUCUCUCUCCAAACUCACAGCUUCGAAGAGUUGAUAUACGACAUGAUGAACCACGAUUUCCAAUUGUACGGAAUGAAACUUCCCGAGUCUGCGAUUAUGGAGCUGCCAAGCGGAAAAUUGACGAAGGUAUUCGAGUAUCCGGAUCUCACGGUAAAGGGCAUCGCAGGAAUGACCGCCGCGCCAGAGGUGAGCCUCAACUCCCCUGCAAAUGGAAUCCGAUAA